UUAAACCUCUCUAAAUUUCCAUCUUCUCCGAAAAACCCUAGAAAGCGAAAUCCCAUAGAGCCAAGCCAACAUCAAUAACAGAUAGCCAGAGAGGCAGCGGAGAGGUUGAACAGAGAGAGAGAGAGAGAGAGAGAGAGAGAGAGAGAUGGCGAAAUCAAUGAGAUCGAAGAGAGAAAAGAGGCUGAGAGCCAUAAGGAGGGAGAUAGUGGAGCCCUUCUACGAGAAGAAAGAGGAAGCUAAGCUCGCUGCACUGGAAGCCGCACUUGCUGCCCCUAAGCUUCCCGUAAAGCCCUCUCCUAAUAGUAAUACCACCACCUUUUCUGCCAUGGAGGUCGCUACCACCAAUACACCCAACGAUAUGGAUUUGGUGAUGGCUGAUGACAAUCAAAGCAUGAGUUUCUUAAAAGCUACUGGUGGGGUGGGAAAGAAGUCCAAAAUGCAGUUCAAGGUGGGUAAAAGAAGGCGACAUGGCAAGGGCAAGGGCAAGGGGAAGGUCAAGAAGCGUCAUAUCUAACUCCUCAUAUUUUGUGUUGAUGCAAUAUAUCACCUGACCACAGGAGUAAUGUUGAUCUUAAGAUCUGUUUUUUUUGUAAUAAGAUUCUGAUUUUUAUUUUCUAGGUGUUUGUUAUGAAUAUCAUAGGAAGGUUUUCUAGGGAAGUACUGUGGUGGAUUUUGUUUUGUUUUGUUUUUUUGGCUGUUAGAAGUAAUGUGGUGGGUAUGUAGUGUUUCCUUUUUAAGCUGAGUUUAAUUUAUAUAUACAUUCUGCUGA